CAGGAGCUCGCUUCAUCGAGGAGGGAAGCUACUAAGGCUGGAGCCCAAGCUAGCUCGCUUGAAGAAGAGCUCACAACAUCAAGGAGGGAGAUGGUUGGGACAGAGCAAUGGGUUAAGCAGGCUUCUUGUAAGCACUACAUGGGAAGCAUAAAGACAACCAUGGACAAACUUGAUAAGCAGAAGAAUAAGAUCUUCGAGAGUGGCUGGGGAGUAGCACUCAAGGUAGCUAGAGUUAAUAGUACUUCUUUAGCCUGGGAGAAUGUUACUUGGCCUAAAGUUGACCAGUCAUUUCCAGAUAUCAAAGGGUUAUACCUUAAUGACGGCGGCUCUUUUGAUGGAGCCGAGACCUAG